UCGACCGGCUGAGGAGACGCAGCCGCAGAAAUCAACAGUCCUGCUGCACCGCUCUCACCGCCACCCUGUCAACAUUUCCUUUCAGAAUCAGGCACCGAGGUAUCUACUACAGGUUACAGACGUCUGUGACAGCAAUAUGGCAUUCAACGCAAGUGUGGACUCGCAGUUGACGCAACACAUGCUGUUCGGAUGGGUGGACCACCUGUCGUUCGCACUCAUGCUGGGCCUUUCCGCAGCCAUCGGUGUUUAUUUUGGCGUGUUUGGUCGCUCCAAGAAUACUGCACAAGUGGACUACCUGCACGGCGGAAAACGCAUGAGGGUAUUACCCGUCGCAGUGUCACAAGUAUCUAGUCAUAUUUCUGGAAUCACGCUGAUGGGAGUGCCUGCAGAAGUAUACCUAUACGGCAGCGUCUACGGAUGGAUUUGCUUAUCAGUCAUCAUUUUCGCACUCAUCACCAACUACGUGUUCCUUCCUGUUUUCUUCGAUUUGCAGCUCACAUCAACUUAUGAGUACUUGGAGCGCCGCUUCAGCCGUACGAUUCGCUUAUUUGCAUCUGGAUUCUUCACGCUCAAUCUGGUGCUUCACAUGCCUUUGUUCGUGUACAUGCCUGCUAUCGCACUAAGCCAAGUGUCUGGGAUCAGUGUCCACUGGAUCACUCCUCUGGUAUGCAUCGUCUGCAUUUUCUACACUAUGCUGGGCGGCCUGAAGGCGGUGGUGUGGACGGACUUCCUGCAGAGCGGAGUCACGCUGGCAGCCUUCAUCGCGGUGCUUAUCCUGGGGUUGGUGAGCGCCGGCGGCUUCGCAGAGGUGUGGCGGGCCGCCGAUGAGGGCGGCAGGGUCUCCUUCUUCGUGAUGACCCCCGACCCAUUCGUUCGCAGCUCCUUCUGGGCAGUGGUGAUCGGCGCGACGGCAUCAUUCGUGGGUGGCUGCGCCGUCCACCAGGGCAUGGUACAGAAGUUCAUGUCGCUGCCGGAUCUGGCAGCUUGUCGAAAGGCCCUGGCUGGCUUCACUUUUGGCAUAAUCCUCAUGAAGGUCAUCAGCGUCUUUUCUGGGUUCCUGCUCUACGCCACCUAUCGCGACUGUGAUCCUGUCAAAACCCACGAGGUGUCUCGUCCCGACCAGCUGCUGCCCUUCUACGUGAUGCGGGUGGCCGGCCACGUCCCCGGACUGCCGGGCCUCUUCGUCGCCGGCAUCUUCGGCGCUGCCCUCAGUUCCAUGUCUGGCACUCUCAACGCUCUUUCUGCUACUAUCUACGAGGACUUCCUGCUGCCACUGAUGCCCAAAAAGAAGACGGAUCUCCUGGUGAAUUUUAUAAUGCAAGGUAUCGUGCUGGCUGUGGGCAUCGUCACCGUGGGAAUGGUCUUCAUUGUCGAGCGGCUGGGAACAAUUCUGGAGCUGGGCUACAGCGUGGGAGGCGUGACGAACGGCGCGCUGCUCGGGAUAUUCACACUCGGCAUGCUGGUUCCCUCGGCCAACACCAAGGGAGCCAUCGCGGGCAGCCUUUGCGGCAUGACCGCCGUGGCGAUCCUCAUAACCGGCGCGCAACACGCCACAGCCACCGGAAGAGUCAGGUACCCGCCGCUGCCGACUUCCGUGGAUGGGUGUCCCGGUAACGUCACAGCCAGCGUGUACAGCGCCGCAGCAGCCGCCGCGACCAGCACUUCGGCGGAUGACGUGCCGCUGGUGUUCCGGCUGUCGUACAUGUACUACACUGUGGUGGGCGCCCUGAUCGUGGUCACCGUCGGCUGGGUCGUGAGCCGCCUGACGGGCCCCCUGAAGCCCGGCGAGAUCGACCCCAGGCUGCUGGCGCCGCAGGUGCGGCCCGCCGACCUCAGAAGAGCGGCCCAGCACGACCCCGCUGUCGCAGAGGAGCUGCUGCCACGCGGGACACAGCACAAGCCCGCCACCGACGCCAACCCCUAGCUAAUGGGUACCAGGGGAAAAGCGUCUGCCGCAAACACUACGACAGUGUACGUGGUUGGCGUGUAAGUUCGUAGCGUUUUUCCAAAAGUUUAAUAAACACGACAGACGCACAUAAGAGAGAUUUAGUCACCAAUAAUAUAUUGUCCUCCACUACAACAGUUUUCCAACGAUGGGGUAACUUUGUGAUUCCGCUACUUUAGAAAUCACGUGGUUUUGAGACGAAGAACACGUCGAGCCAUGUUCGGAGCGCAUUUUAACUGAGAAAGAAGUUCCUUGGAGUUUGUUAGGCAGACAGCGGAAAAGGUGAAAAUCUGAGAACGAAAGAACAGUUAAAUAAGGUGAGUGCGGAAUGAUUUCCCAACCCAAGGCCUGUAAAGUGUCUUUUCGUCAGUCUAUCAGAAUGCGGGCGGGCGUUAUUGCACUGUUGCUGGCCGUUAUUGUAGGAUUACGUCAGCAAGACGUCUCAACUGUUCACAGUAAAGGUCAGUAGUGAUGGUUACACGUCGCGGAAGCAACGCGACAUACACCCACUGCCGGUGUGCCGCCAGCUGCAUAAUAUCUUUUGUAGAUGCGAGUAGCUCAUUGCUUGGGAUUAACCGUAACAUUUACCAGGAAUGAGACAAGGUAGAAAUGGUCGGCGUCGUUCACGAACAAAUUAAUAACGAGUAAGCAGAGAUGCACAAAUGGCCACUCGCUGAUUUUUGUCAUUUUGGCUUAGAGCCAGCGGUACCUGUACACCCUAUCUUUGAUCCUUCCCCAGUCCAUGCGAAAGUCUCAAGAUGAUGCAAUGAUCGUAGUUCAUCCUAUGUAUGAGUUCUCGAGCACACUGACAUUAAUAACUGCUGAGUAAUACGUUUAAAUGAUCUUUAUACGUAAAGUGGAAUUUCACUAAUUUAAAAGGAAACCUUUUUAAAACGACUAAAUAAUUUUGUUGCUGCUCUCUGAUCCAGUGACAUUGUCCCUAAACACGGUGCGAACAUUUCUGGCUCCCUCUGCUGCUGUCGCCCCUCCAUUGAACUAUUAUAUGGUGGAAAUGAUCCGAUUUCUUUAUUUGGCACUUCCCCUUUCUAGGGUCUUCAGCUCCACUCACUAUGUCGAAGUGGCAAAUUGACACUACGUUAACUUAUACGGCAACAGUGAACUACAAUAAGAAAAUGACACUCUAUAAGAAAACCCAUAGCAAUCGGAAUUGAAAAAAAAAAACAAAAAAAAAAAAAAAAAAACGCUACGAACUUAUGCACCGACGUAAUAUUUUUACUUCAGAUUGAAGGGUGUCAGUGAUCCUCUUUAACCAUUACCUUUGUUUCUCGCAGAAAGAGCUCACUAGUCACAAACAACAUAUUGAAGUGGAGAUAGUGAAACAAAUGAAAAGUAAAAUCUGAAAAAUUUUUCCCUUGUCUCUUUCAUUACAACACAUUAUCAGACACGAUUAUUACGCAAGUCUUAGGCUUCUACAUUUAAAAAUUCCCAUUCACGUUGAUAGGAAACACAACAUCUCUAACAAGUACAUUUGAUAAGGCGAAAAGAGUAUACCACAUUUAUCAUAAUGCUUAAGAUCAGAAUCAAGGGCAAAUCCAACCAAUCAAAUAAUAAAAACGCCGUCAUGAUUAGGCAAGAAAAUAUAUUGGUAUCUGACCUUUGGAUCUAUCUGGAAAUCUGAAUCUGUCUAAAUCUGAAUCUGAUUAAGUAGCCUCAGUGCGACUGACCAAGGAACAAAUUUCUUUGACGAUUUAAAAUAACACUUCUCAAGCAAGGACACCUGUUCUCAUCAAUUAGGAGCGGUGAGACGCAUGCAGGUGAAUAGGCUGAGCUCUACUCCAGGAACUUGACGUUUACUAAAAUAAGGUAUUUUCUCUUCGAAGUUAUCAUUUAACAAGCAAGGUUCGCCAUAGCACAAUGGUUCCUUACGACGUUUGAUUUCUUAAUCCGUUCUAUGGACAUUAUUCUUUCAGAAAAGGUUCUUGCUGUCGGGGAGAUCGGACAUGGUUGAUCUUCCAAACGCAUUAAAAAUUCAGGCACUCACUAUGGCGAUGUAAGGAAAACAAUAAUUCCUACGAUCUGAAUUCUGUUGUCCUCAAACCUAGCAUGCGACCAUUCAUUAUACUCAAGAAAAUCUGUCGACCACAAUCAGGAAGUCCUAACAAGGCUGGAUUGCGAAACAAACCAAGUCAUCCUUUCAAAACUAAAAUUAAAACCGAUAAAAAAUCUAUACACACAGAUCUAAGUGAUAUAACGCCAACUAUAACUGAAUUUAAUUAUUGAACAUAUAACCUGCAAUGAGUAACGAAAACGAUUGACUGGAUCUCUGCCAAAACGUUUUAUCGUAAGUGCACCCCGGAAUAGCACGUGUUACUCACCACGUCAUCAGAUCCUAGCUUGUUGUUACAAACUGUUUUCUAAAACAAGCCAGACCUUGUGCUCUGAUGCAUCCUUCCAGAGUGGCGGUGGCCGCCAACCAAUCGUCACAAGAAACAACCCUGCGGCACCAAACACUUUGCCCAGACAGGUGGAAGUUAAAAAUGCCAGAGCCCGCUUCAUCUUCACAAUAGCUUACCAAACAGAAGUUUGAUGGAUAACUCGACAGUCCGCACCUUGAUCAAACUAAUAAAGCACAAGACAUACUUUUAAAAAGAAAGGGACAAACCGCCUUCGGUCCAGUCACACUAAGAUUCAAUGGAUGUUCCCACUCUUCUACAACAAGAACCAAGAAAGCUAUAUGCGUUCUUCGAUUACACGUGCUCUCCCAAUUAAGUAUUCAUACAUCACAAUCUCUGAUUAGGUGUCGGCCGCUGUGGCCUAGCAGUUCUAGGUGCUUCAGUCCGGAACCGUGCUACUGCUACGGGCGCAGGUUCGAAUCCUGCCUCGG